GCUUUCCUUUCAACGUCCUAUACUCGCCUCGGCCCACGCAGCAAUACGCUCGUCUCGAAUCUGCUACUUUGGAACACGUUUCGCAUUUCCUACACAAUUCCACAAUGGCCGACAAGGAAUUCACCUACUCCGACGUCUCGGAGCACAACACCAAGAAGGACCUGUACAUUGUUGUUCACGACAAGGUCUACAAUGCAUCAAGCUUCGUAGAUGAGCACCCAGGUGGUGAGGAAGUUCUGCUCGAUGUCGGAGGCCAGGACUCAACAGAGGCAUUCGAGGAUGUCGGUCACUCAGAUGAAGCCCGCGAGAUCCUCGACGGUCUGCUCGUCGGAAACCUGAAGCGCCAGGAGGGUGACCCAAAGCCCAAGAGCUACGCACAGCCCGGCUCAACCGCUACCACCACCGACGGUGCCUCGACUGGUGUCGGCCUUUACGCCAUCAUCCUCCUCGGUGGUGCUCUUGCAUUCGCUGCCUACACCAUGAUGAACAAGCAGUCUGCUGAGUAAGAAUGCUCACCAGAAAAAAGAAUAAAACACAAGAGAUACCAUCGACUUGAAGUUCGAUCUUGAGUUGAAGAACGAGAAAUCCCGCCUGGACAA